AUGGGCGCCGCGUACGGAAUCGCAAAAUCCGGAGUUGGCGUCUCAGCUGUCAGUGUCUUCCGUCCAGACAUGAUGGUCAAAAAUAUGAUGCCUCCCAUCCUUGCCGGUAUUCUCUCAAUCUACGGCCUUGUAAUAGGAGUCGUCAUCCCGUCCGCUCUGAAAGAGAAGUCCGCGCUGCACACAAACUUCAUGUAUCUGUCGGCUGGACUCGCUUGUGGGUUGUGUUGCUUGUCAGCGGGGUUCUGCAUUGGUAUUGUGGGUGAUGCUGGGGUGAGGGGGACUGCACAACAGCCGCGGUUGUUUAUGGGGAUGAUGUUGAUGUUGAUUUUUGGGGAGGCGUUGGGUUUGUAUGGACUCAUUAUUGCCUUGCUGAUGAUCCAAACUGCAACUGUAGAUGUUACGCGAUGCUUGUGA